AUGAACGCUAGCGACUCGGGCGUCGCUACUAGUAUCGUCGAUCGGUGCCGCUGCCGCUACAUGCAUUUCGAUUCGACGCAGUCGAGCAGGUCUCCAUCACCACAGCCAAUCGCAAGUCAGCGGCGUCUGGCCCAGCCAAUCAUGGAUCAACAGCUGGUGGCGGUUUUCUCGAUCAGCCGUCCGCGAGCAUUUUGGCGAUCGACCUCGCUGUGUGUAUCUGGGGCGCCGACUUCCGCGACCCGUCUGGCGCCACCACCGUACACGUCGAAGUCCUCACCGACAACACCACAGCCCUCGCUUGGUCGUCGUCGCUGUCCAGCAGCAACAAUCCUCAGCGCCAACAUCUACAUGCACGUCGCAGUGGCCCAAGCCGUGCACCGUCUACACAUCACAGCCCGCCAUAUCGCCGGUUGCGACAACAUUCUCGCAGACGCGGGGUCGCGAGCAGCGGUCGAACCGUUCACGUCAAAGUGGCAGGAGCUGACCUACGAGUGGUCGGAAACCCCCGUCCCGGCGCAACUCCGAUACAUGUACCGGGCGUUUGACUCCGAGCACAUUGCAGCCUUGGCUAUCGGCAUUUGGCAACGCUACGCCCAGGUUUGGCGCGAAUGGUCAGUUUGGCGCGACCGCAUCGGCUUCGGACACUGGCUUCCUCGACCCCCGCGGCCCACGGCACUGAGCUCUCCGCGUCCGCAAGCGAGCUCUUCCAUCGCGAGCGCUCGCCCAACCGCGCCAGCGCCAUCAGACGCAAGCUCGCAACGAUCGGACGGUUCCACAAGUGCGCAAGGAGAUGCCACAUCCAUUGCGGGGCGGGGGACAUCGAUAGGCGCCACCUCUCCAACGAAUCGAAAAUGA